UUACAUUCGUGAAUAUCUAUUAAUUCGUUGUCAAAUAUUCUUUUGUAAUGUAUUUUUUUCGUUUAAAUCACUGCUCGCCAAGUUUAAAGGUGUUCAAAUGACGUCUAACGUUUCGCGUGUGUCUUCUCCUCUUUUACAUUUCAACACGAUGACGGAAGGUGGUGUUACAAGAAUGAAGAGAAAUGGGACUAGGAUCUUCAAAAAUCCUCCACAGCCUCACAUGUGUAUACGAGAUUUUAUACAGUUAUGUCUCUCUGUGUUAAACAUUUGACGAGAACAUGAGAUGUCUUCUCUUGAGUUGCCAACAAUGUGCUUUUCAUAAGAAUACACUUCCAAUGAAAAAUAAAGUAUUCUAUCGAGCAACAACACUAUUUUCUCCAAAAUGGAAUAAUUCUAAUAUUCAACAAAUAAUAAAUGUUAUAAACAUCGAACGAGGCAGUGAAUAGAGGGUACAACAGCACCUUGCUUUGUAAAUGUACUAUCCUGGGAUAGAAUCGCAAUGCCAUGUAGACCAUCCGAACCUGUACCACUUUGGGGAGGUAUGAGAGUACCAUCUCCACGUACAAAAGCGGAAGCUGUGGUCUUCGCAGUUAUGGCUAAUCCGGAGGUUCUUCGUAUUAAUGGAAAGAAUGCAGAAGAUCCAGAAAAACGUUCGUCCCUGAUUGAACUCUUGCUGGAUUUUGUAGAAGCGAUGAAUGCUGGUGUAAUAUUUUCAAGACGAUACACUAUUUUAAAAGAUCGUGAUAUAACAGGAGAAUUGAAGGAGGUGUGGAAUGCAGUACAAGCUCGGCGGGACCGAGAACAACCACCUCCACAACAAGAAACUUGGAUCGAUGCACAACCACCUGUUCCACAGUAUCCACAAUAUCAAGAUCAACAACAGCAGCAGCAAACACAAAAGCAACAACAACAACAACAGCAGCAGCAACAACAACAACAACAAGAAUAUACUUCGCAGCAACCUCCUCAAUAUCAUACGACUAGCAUUGUCUUUGCCAGAGCAGUAAGCGGUGAUAUGCAUUACGAUGGUUAUGGUUAUCAAUCGCAAAAGUCUGUCAUUGGGCCAAAUGAUCAGAUGUAUCAAUCGGGUCAGAUAGUAUCUCAACAAUAUGGUAACCUAACACGAAUAGCACAGGAUCGUUAUGAUUACAGGGAACGUGGUAGAGACAAUAUCAUACAAAAUAUACCACAACAAAGCUGCCCUGCGUAUCCAGGACCACAAUAUCAAUUUCCACAACUGCCAAGGCAAAUGAUGCCACAGUACGUUAAUUCUAAUAUACAUCCAAAUACCACUAAUUUAGGAUAUGGUCCUCCAGCAGCAACAAAUACUAAUGUCAAUCCAAACAUGUCGGCUAGUUAUCAAUCUUAUAUAACUAACCCAUUGUUUCAACAACGAAUAGAAGCCGAUAUACGAAGAAUGCAACAACAGUUACAACAACAACAACAACAGCAACAGCAGCAACAACAACAACAACAAUUGCAACAGCAACAACAACAACAACAGUUGCAUUUGAAUCAUGCGCAACAAGUGCCUCAAUAUGAAUCAGCGACAGAUUGGCAAACUAUAUCAUCGGUUAACGUAUUGAGACUCGGUCGACAAAAUAUGGGAGUUGUUCAGAAAAACAAUACGAGUAAAAGACAAGUUAACUCACCUACUCAUGGGAAACAAGCAGCAUCAUGUACCAAUUGUCACAAUAAAUCUACGACUGAUAAUGUUGUUACAAAACCUAAGAGUCCUGUUAAAGUAUUACAACGAGAAUUAUCAUCAACUGUAGAUAGACAGGAUACGAAUAAUCAUGCGAUAACAAAUAAUGGUAAAGUUACGAGCACGGAUAAUAAAUCAUCUACGGAUGAUACGAAAAAUUUGACCUGUGUUGUUAACAGAGUUGUAACUGAAGAUGAAGAAAGGAAUAAUGUUCAUGAAAGUUCUUCCAUCGAAUCUAAUGAUACGUCCAAAAAAUCUAUCAUUACAUCUACGUCAUCAUCAUCAUCAUCAUCAUCAUCAUCAUCAUUGAAUACUCGUGAAACUAAUAAUUCCGUUGAGAACAAUCAAACAACACCAAUACCAACAACAACACCAACGACAACAACAACAACAACAACAACAACAAUGGAUGAACAUUCGAAAAACUAUGAAAUACCAACAGUAAGUCAAACAUUGUCCGAACAAAAGUGUAAUUCAAGAAUUAGAAUAAUAGUAGGUAGAACUAAGCAUAAAGAAAAUAUAGAAAAUAAUCGAACAACAACAACAACAACAAUAUGGCCACGUUACGUGUCAGAACAAAAAAUGGAAAGUCCAAAAAAAUCACAAACAAUGGUUAACAAUAGUGUCGUCAUUAAUAAUCCCGGUGUUUCUAAUGAUGAUACUAAUUUGAAUAAAAAAAAAACAACCAAUGGUCAAACUAAAAUAAACAAAAAUGCUAAAGGUGGUGGUAGUGGUAGUGGUAGUGGUGGUGGUGGUGGUGGUGGUGGUGUCGUCUACAGUGAAAACGAAGAUGGAACUCGUCAAGGUUAUACGAUAUUGAAAAAAACUGAAACUAUUGUUCAAGACGAAAUUAUUCAUGAUAUCGCUCAGAUAUCUAUUCAAGACUGUAAAAAGGAUGUUAACGAGAUCAGUCCUGUGCUAUCGUGAUAGCCUUAGUUUUUAAUAACCGCGAGAGUACUAUUAUUAUUAUUAUUAAUAAUUAAUUAAUUAGUUGCUACGAUCGAUUAAAUUUAAAUUAACCCUUUCGUUACGGCAGUCUGCUUCGCGGGGUAACGCCACCAUACGAGGCACCGCGCCGCCGAGCUAACGUCAAGAUCCGGCGCUCGUAUUCACAGGUAUUUGGAAGAGGCCGUCUAAUUCCGGCGCUCGUACACACAGGUCAUCGAAUGGAGGCCGUCUAGAUCCGGCGCUCGAACACACAGGUAGUCGAAUGGACGCCGUCUAAUUCCGGCGCUCGUAACGAAAGGGUUAAAGACAUACACACACACACACACAUAAAAAAAAAAAAAACGAAAAGAAAAUU